CGUCAUCUAUCACAUCAACAACGUGUGCAAGGUAUUCGUCAAAUACCAUAGCAGAACUGUGUGCGAAGUAUAAAUAGUCUACCACGUCUACUCUCUGUGCAAGAUAAACGUCAUCUACCACGUCUAUCAUCUACCACGUCUACGCGUCAUCAUGCUGCCGUGGUCUAAGCUGAGAGCGUUCACCGCGCUGCUGUUGUUUGUCGCGUCUGAGCUGCACGGCGCCAACGGCGCGUGUUCGCAGUUCGGCCACUCAUGCUUCGGUGCUCACGGCAAGCGCAGCGGCGCCCACUCUGCACCAUCGCCGCUGGCUGAAGCCCUGGUCUCCUACCGCGAAUCCUACGACAUUCCUUCAGUUAAUCAUAUUGGCGAUUACAAUUACCGUGCAGGACUUGGGUCGCAGCCCGAGGAAUAUCCAUUGCAGACAGUAGAUUACUUCGAGGAAGGCUUUAAGAAUUCGAUAGAUCGUCAAGUAUUGCAGGGAGGUUAUGAGAGUGAAGAGGAUUUUGAGAACAGACAGGUUUUACCUCCUUGGCUCCUUAUCAAAGAGCUUAGUGAUGGUAAGGAAGAAGAGGUCUUAAACAAUCGCAAUGAAGCUGGUCUUGAUCUUCAAAAUUUCGUUGGCCAAGACAGCCAAGAUGCAGGGCAUGAGCCAUUCACAAGGAAGUUGAAUAACAACCAAGCUAUUAUGCGCUAA